CGUGGCGGGCGCGCCGGUGCUAGAGCAGGGAGGGGGGGCGGAGGAGCGAUGGUCGCAAGAUGGCGGCACUGAAGGAGGCUAGGAGCUACGGGCUAUCGUGCGGGCGAGUGAGCGACGGCAGCAAGGUGUCUGUAUUCCACGUGAAGCUCACAGACAGCGCCCUGAAGGCCUUCGAGAGCUAUCGCGCCAGCCAGGAUUCUGUGUCGCUGAGACCGACAAUCCGAUUUCAAGGAAGCCAAGGGCACAUCUGUGUCCCCCAGCCUGACUGCCCCAAGGAGCUCCGCACCUUCGCCUUCUAUCUCUCCAACAUCGGCCGUGACAGCCCACAGGGCAGCUUCGACUGCAUCCAACAGUAUGUGUCCAGCCGUGGUGACGUCCAUCUGGACUGCCUGGGCAGCAUCCAGGACAAGGUCACGGUGUGCGCCACUGACGACUCCUACCAGAAGGCCCGCGAGAGCAUGGCCCAGGCGGAGGAGGAGACACGCAGCCGUGGUGCCAUCGUCAUCAAGCCUGGAGGCCGCUACCUGGGAAAGAAGGUCCAGUUUCGCAAACCAGCCCCGGGGGCAGUAGACCCCGUGCCCUCCCGGAAGCGGGCAACCCCCAUCAACCUGGCCAGUGCCAUCAGGAAGAGUAGCUCGGGCGGCCCAGGGCCCAGCACGGUGGCCCAGCGGCCCUUCCGGGACCGUGUGCUGCACCUGCUGGCACUGAGGCCCUACCGCAAGGCUGAGCUGCUACUGCGGUUGCAGAGGGAUGGGCUGGCACAGGCAGACAAGGAUGCACUGGACGGGCUGCUGCAGCAGAUGGCCAAUGUGAGUGCCAAGGAUGGGACAUGCACUCUGCGGGACUGCAUGUACAAGGAUGUGCAGCGGGACUGGCCUGGUUACUCGGAGGGGGACCAGCAGCUGCUGAAGCGUGUACUCGUGCGGAAACCAUGCCAACCACAGAGUGUGGAGCCCGUGGCCUGCGCUGAGCUGGGGCGCCCAGCCUCCCCUACCCAGAAGCGGCCGCAGCCCUCAGACUUCAUCGAUCCCCUGAUCCACAAGAAGCCCAGGGUCUCACACUUCGCCCAGAGGGCCCAGCCCCCACCCAACGGGAAGCUCAGCACAACCAACGGCCGGGAGGUCCCACUGCCCAAUGCCCCGCUGCCCCCGAGGCUGGAGCCCCCACAUGCCCAUGACCCCCUGGCUGGUGGUAGCAGCAAUCCAGGCCACAGUGGAGAGGACUACACACAUGGGGAGCCCGCCUCCGCCCCCACUGAGCCCCACAGCCUCCCUGCACCCACGAACUGUGCCCGGCCUGACGAGCCCCAUGGUGGCCCUGUGCACAGCAAGCCCAGGAAGAAGUCCAAGAAGCACAGGGACAAGGACAGGAGGGCAGAGGACAGGCCCCAUGCCCCACUGCCCCAACCCGAGCUUGAUGCCCAUGAAGAGCCACCCAGUGCCCCAGCAAGUACGUGGCCAUCUCCUCCUCUGAGCAGCGCCAGCGCUAUAAGAAUGACUUCAACUCGGAGUACAGCGAGUACCGUGACCUGCACGCACGCAUCGAACAGAUCACACGGCGUUUCACACAGCUGGAUGCACAGCUGCGGCAGUUGGCGCAGGGCUCCGAGGAGUACGAGACUACCCGCGGCCAGAUCCUGCAGGAGUACCGCAAGAUCAAAAAGACCAACACCAACUACAGCCGGGAGAAGCAGCGCUGCGAGUACCUGCACAGUAAGCUGGCGCAUAUCAAGCGGCUCAUCGCUGAGUACGACCAGAGCCAGCUACAGGCCCGGCCCUAGCGCAGCCCGGCAGUGGGCAGGGCGGAGCAGAGAGGCGGGCCGGGCCAGGCCCCUGGGAGCAAUAAAUGGGACGCUGCGCAUGAGCUGGGCUUCCGAGGCCAUGGCCCUCGCUGUCCGCCGCCCGCUGCCUUUCCUAGUUUUCUAUGGCUACGAUGAAGAGACUCAUCUAUUUUUGUACAAGAGAGAGCAGUUUUUCUAAACCUGUGCCUCCCCUCGGAUGCCAGGCCAGGAGCCACGUGUCCUAUGCAGUAUUAGCGCUGUCACCCGCAGCCCUCACCCCUCUGGUGCAGGCCCUGGACUGGCUGGCUGUCGGCCACUGCCCCUGGGGUGACCGGACUGAGCCCUAGGUUGCUCCUCUGCAGCUGCUCCUUCUCCCCCUGGGGACCCUCCUGCAGGAGCCAGGGUCACCUCAGCCUAGCUGCCUCUGGGGUUGCACUCAGGGAGGGGCUGAGGGCCCAGGGAUGCCCCUGUUGCUGCUUCCUCACUGUGCCUAUGGCCCUAGCCGUCGCUGAGACCCAUGGGGCUGGGAAGCUGCCCGGCUGUCAGUGGCUGUUCUGUUUCCCCAGGGCGGGGGCGGGCGGCCUGGAGUGAGCUGUGUCUCGGCCUCCGCACCUGCUGUCUACUGCGCCCACGCAGGUCCCUCAUCCCUGCAGGGGCAGGACGUCAGGGGAGGGCGCUGCCUCCUCAGGCAGCCCCAGCCACUGAUUAAAUCCGGUCUAACUUAUUGAUGCUGUCUAGUUUCCUUUCACGGUGUACUGUGGAGAAACCACUUUGAGCCAUGGACUUGGUGUUUACAAAGAAUUUUUCACUUUUGCCAAAUGUUACAUCGGAGGUGUCUGCAUCUGCAGUUUCCUAAUAUUUUCUUAAGAGACCCAGGGUCAUUUUUGUACACUAAGCAGGUGAACGCUGAUUUUUUCAUCCUACAAUAAAUUUCACUGAAUAAAUCCCA